AUGCCAAAAGAGUUUUUACAACUGUUAGAUGAAUUUAAAUUUGGUGAAUUUAAAAAAAAAAAAACAGUUCAUUAUGAGUUAUUUAGGUAUCCUCAAUAUGUUGAUUAUAUUGAAUGGUUAUGUGACAAGAAUGAUAUUUGUGUACCCGUAGACCUAUAUUCACAAUGUCAUUAUUGGGAUGAUGAAAAAUAUAAUAAUAAAAAAUUGUAUCAAUCAAUAGCUAAAAUACCCUACACAAAUCAUUUUAAAUAUUUAAGUCUUUUUUCUUCUAGGGUUUGGCCUGAGUAUGCUAAACAGAAUGGAUUUAUGUAUUGUCCAGAUGAACUUUUAGGUCUCGUUUCUAAUUGUUGUGCAAGUAAAUUUUUAGGAAUAUCAUCAGAUGAGAUUUGUGGUUCAACUCUAUGGAUGCAUUAUGCUAAAUUUGAGUUAUUGUGGUUAGAACAGACUGCCAAAAUAGUACGUGAUAAUCAAGAGUUGUUAAAAUCAUUGAAUUAUAAUCAAGAAGCAUACUCAAAAAAAAAACAAAGUUUUAACUAUUAUAAAAUUACGAAGAAAGUAUAUUGUUCUGACAAUUUGGUUCUUUGGCAUAUUGAAAAGAAUCCGUAUAAGAUAGCAUGUAACAUAGUUCCAAAAGGUGUUACUAAAGAUUCUUUAAUGGCAUAUUCUUUGUUUUUUAUAACUGGAACUCAAGGAGAUGUAGGGCCAGUAGAACCUUUUAUAGAACAGUUAGAAGAUGAAAAAGAGCAAUUUUCAAUUGUAAUACAUGAUGAUCUUAAAAUUAAAGCCAAUGUGAAUAUAAUACGUACUGGUGUUACUAGUUCAGAAUUUUUAGAAGCUUUUAAAAAGAGUACUACUGAUGUUCUUCCA